AUGACUUUAGUAGCUAUAGGGGCGUGCUAUCUUGACACAAUUUUAACAACCCCCCAUUACCCAGGUGAAGAUGAGAAGCUUCGUGCAUCCAAAAUUAGCCGCCGACGCGGUGGGAACUGCCCAAAUACUCUCGAAGUUCUAGGCCAAUUGUUACAAUAUGGGCCAUCGAAUGCCGAAUCAUCCUUGAAUCUCAUUACUGUCCUUCCCUCCAAAACAUCAGUGGCAUCUCAUCAAAUCCAAUCAAGCUUAGGUGAUAUGGUUCGGCUAGAUAGUUGCAUUUACCGAGAGACAUUCAAUGAGCCAGCUUCCAGUUACAUUAUUGCCAGCCAAGUCACCGGUAGUAGGACAAUCGUCAAUUACAACGAGCUUCCCGAGAUGACUAGCACUGAGUUCGUAUCGGCUGUUGAGUCUCUACGCGCCGUAACUGAUCCUGAUCGACCCUGGUUUCAUUUUGAGGGCCGUGCACCUGAUGUAACAUUGGAAUGUAUUCAUUAUAUCCGGAGUCAUUUUCCAGGAGCUGAAAUCAGUGUUGAGGUGGAAAAGCCAGGCCGGCCAGGCUUGCAGGAGCUUGCAGACGAGGCAGACGUUGUUCUCUACUCGAAGGGCUGGGCCCAGUACUACGGAUAUAUAUCUGCCGAGGAUUGUUUGCGGGAGCAAUCGUUGAAGACAAGCCGAGCAUCCUUGCUGUGCUGUACUUGGGGUCAUGACGGGGCUGCAGCGCUUGAACCAAAGACUAGCAACUUCGCUCAUGUCCCCGCGCAUACUGAAGGACUGGGAGUCAUCGACACCAUCGGAGCUGGAGAUACAUUUAAUGCUGGCUUGCUAUACGGCCUCAUCUAUCGGGGUCAGGAUUGGGAUUUCCGAAAGAGGUUGGAAUUUGCAAAUCUCCUUGCCGGCUUGAAGGUCACCCAAGAGGGCUUUGCAAACCUGCAAAGAGCAUUGAGCUUU